AUGGAUUGCACUCCUACACAGAAGGUUAGAUAUGGCACUCAUAUGCUGGCUAAGGAAGCGGAUGAUUGGUGGCUUGAGACCCGUAGGAGGUUAGAGGCUCAUGAAAUCAAGAAAGCGGUCAGUUACCAGAAGAUCCGUAUUUUUGUUGAUUUGGUUGAUAGUUGUCGGAUUUAUGAGGAGGACAACAACGCUCAUUAUCGUGUUAUUAAUGAGAAGAGGGGCAAGAAUCAACAAAGCCGUGAGAAACCAUAUGAUGCUGGUAAAGGGAAGCAAAGAGUUGCUCAUGGUCAUAAGACUAGUGGGGGAGAUGCUCCUGCAAGGGUUGUAUGCUUCAAGUGUGGUCGACCUGGUCAUAAGAGCGAUGUUUGUACUGCUGAUGUGAAGAGGUGUUACCGUUGUGGUAAGACAGGACAUAUGUCAUCUGCUUGUAAGCAUAAGGAUGUUGUUUGCUUUAACUGUGGUGCGGAGGGACAUAUUGAUAGCCAGUGUCAGAAGCCAAAGAAGACAGCUGUAGGUGGUAAAGUGUUCGCUUUGUCAGGAACUCAGACAUCUAGUGAGGAUGGCCUUGUUAGAGAAGAAGGAGUUGGUUUGUUGACUGGUAAGCAAUUGAAGCAACUAAUGCAAGACGAAGCGCAAAUGUUCUCAUUGAUGGCAUCCUUGUCUUUUGAGAAUCAAGUUCGAAUUGAUGAGUUAAAGGUGGUGAGAGAAUUUUCUGAAGUGUUUCCUGAUGACAUCCCUGAUGUACCUCCAGAAAGAGAAGUUGAAUUUGCGAUUGAUCUUGUACCUGGUGGUGUACUUAUGCAGAAUGGUAAAGUGGUUGCUUAUGCGUCUAGGCAGUUGAGGAUCCAUGAAAAGAAUUAUCCUACGCAUGAUCUUGAGUUGGCUGCAGUGAGAGGCUCAGAAGCUAGAUGGGAAGUUGGUGGAUUUGAUGGUAGGAACCAAUCGACUUGA